CCCCUCCCCCAUUUCUCCACUCUACCCAAUCCCAUCAAAGUAAUCAAACCACCCCCCCCCCCCCAAAACGCAGCGUUUCACCAUCACAUGACGGACUACCGAAUACCACCCACCAUGAAUCUCUGGACGGACGACAACGCCUCCUUGAUGGAGGCCUUCAUGAGCAACUCCGACCUCACCUCCUUCUGGGCCGCCACCCCGUCCCAGCCCGCCGCCCAGCCCCUCCACCAGCCCCAAUCCUCCGCUUCCACCUCCGACUACCCCCGCCCCCCGGCGGCGGCUCAGUCACAGGCCCCGCCGCCGGUUUCGGCGCCGUUCAACCAGGAGACGCUGAUGCAGCGCCUCCAGGCGCUGAUCGAGGGGGCCAGGGAGAGCUGGACCUACGCCAUCUUCUGGCAGUCGUCGUACGACAUGUCGGGCGCCUCCGUGCUCGGCUGGGGCGAAGGGUUCUAUAAAGACGAGAGGGACAAGGGGAAAGUAAAGCCCAAAACGACGACGUCUCUUGUCGAGCAGGAGUACAGGAAGAAAGUUCUGAGAGACCUCAACUCAUUGAUUUCCGGCGCCGACACCUCCGCCGACGACGCCGUCGUCGACCAGGAGGUCACUGACACCGAGUGGUUCUUUCUGGUUUCCAUGACCCAGAAUUUCGUCAACGGCGGCGGGUUGCCGGGUCAGGCGUUCUUCCAGUCCAACCCUGUCUGGGUCGCCGGGCCUGACCGCCUCGCCGCCUCUUCAUGCGAGCGGGCCCGACAAGGUCAGGUGUUCGGAUUACAGACCAUGGUGUGCGUCCCGACGGCGAAUGGUGUCGUGGAGCUGGGCUCGACCGAGCUCAUAUUCCAAACCUCCGAUCUGGUGAACAAGGUCCGUGUUUUGUUUGACUUCAACAAUCUUGAAGUCGGUUCUUGGCCAAUGGCCGAUCAGGGAGAAAGCGACCCGUCGUCGCUCUGGAUCAACGACAACCCGUCCAGCACAAUCGAAGCCGUGAAAGACUCAGUAAACUUAGCUCCGGCGACUUCAGGACCCAGUACAAGCAACCAUCACAUCUCCAAGAAUCCGAUUCAGUUCGACAACAGCCACCACAGUUCGAGUAGCUUAUCGGAGAAUCCCAGCGCCGUUCUCCAAGUCAGUCCCCACCAGCAACAGCCCCAAGUCACGCAGACGCAGAGCUUCUUCACCAGAGAGCUCAAUUUCUCCGAUUACAACGGCUACGACGGCGGCAGCGUCAAGAACUCGACCUCCAAUUCCCACUCCAUGAAGCCGGAGUCCGGCGAGAUAUUGAACUUCGGGGAGAGCAAGAGGACGUCUUACAGCGCCACCAACAAUAACGGGAAGCUGUUUUCGGCGCAGUCCCAAAUAGCCGCCGCAGAGGACACUAACAAGAAGAAGAGAUCGCCGACGUCCAGGGGCAGCACCGAUGAGGGGAUCCUGUCGUUUACUUCCGGAGUAAUUCUACCGUCGAGCAGCGGCGUCGUGAAAUCCAGCGCUGGACCCGCGGAUUCCGACCACUCCGACCUUGAAGCCUCGGUCGCUAAGGGGGCUGAUAGUAGCAGAGUUGUGGAGGAAAAGCGACCCCGGAAAAGAGGUCGUAAGCCGGCGAACGGCAGGGAGGAGCCGCUGAACCAUGUGGAGGCAGAGAGACAAAGAAGAGAGAAGCUCAACCAGAGAUUCUAUGCGCUCCGAGCUGUCGUCCCAAAUGUGUCGAAAAUGGACAAGGCGUCUCUGCUCGGCGACGCCAUCACGUACAUCACCGAGCUCAAGACGAAGCUGCAGACGACGGAGUCCGACAAGGAGGACCUCCAGAAGCAAGUGGAGACGUUGAAGGAGUCCCGGUCGUGUUCGGGCUUGGACCAUGAGCUUAAAGGGUCUACUAAAUUGGUCGAUUUGGAUAUUGAUGUCAAGAUACUAGGAUGGGAUGCCAGGAUUCAAAUCCAAUGUAGCAAGAAGAACCACCCUGCGGCGAGGCUAAUGGCGGCGCUGAUGGAGCUGGAUUUGGAUGUACACCACGCCAGCGUCUCGGUAGUCAAUGAAUUGAUGAUCCAGCAAGCCACGGUGAAGAUGGGGAGCCGGAUUUAUACGCAGGAGCAGCUCAGGUUAGCCCUAUUAGCCAAAGUAGGGGAUGCCAGAUAGAACAUAGCUAAAAUUAUGGUGGUUUGUGUUGCUAUUAUCUGCGGCGGCAGGGUGCUUUGGGACAUUUUAUUUAAGGUUCCUGGCAAAGCAGCGGAGCUCAGCUCUGUAUUAUACUGUUCUAUGCGUUUCGUUAGUAGAAUUUUAGUUAUGCUGUUGUAGCAUUAUAGAUCGAGAUUCAUCUCUGAGGAGCGUAAGCUAGACGAGCAAUUUUCCAUGUAGCCAUUGUAGCUGAUUUGGAAACCCUGGGUGUUCUUGUAUCCAUCAUCUUCAAUGUGUAAAUAUGCGUCAUAAUAUUCCAACUUUCAUGAAGUCCAUGAGAGUUACCAAGCCAGUAAUGUUGUAGCAAUGGUAUUUGUAUCGGAAUGUAACAUUGUAAUCGUUUUGCUUCUCAA